UGAUUUUUUUGUUAUCUCCCUUUAUGACAGUGUUAGGCAGCAAACUCGUGUGUUGGGAAAAAUGCUUUCAAGAUCAUCAAUAGGCAUAGCUGCUGCUGCUGGAAGCUUAUGUUUUUUAGGAUAUUGCAUCUAUUUUGAUAGAAAAAGGAGAAGUGAUCCCGAUUUCAAAAGAAAACUAAAAGAAAAAAGAAGUCGAGCAUCACAGAAUAAAAAGCAAGGUGGUGGUAAAACUAAUGUCCAGUUACCUGAUUUAAGUAGUCCAGAGGCUAUGCAGAAAUUCUUUUUACAAGAAGUACAAAUAGGAGAAGAUCUGUUAGCACAAGGAGAAAUCGAAGAGGGAGUAGAACAUCUGAGUGUUGCUGUAGCAGUUUGUGGACAACCUCAACAUCUCCUACAAGUCUUACAACAAACAUUACCACCACAAGUGUUCCAAUUACUCAUCCAGAAACUGCCAACAGUAAACCAGCGGUUAAGUCUUAGUAAAGGACCUACAAUAAAGAAUUUAGAAGAGGACGAUGUGGAGUAAGGCAGGACCAAUUGAUGUGAUAGUAUUCCGUUGUGUGAUCAAAAACUUAUAAAUAUUUUAUAUAAAAUACAAAAUAGAAUGUA